GAGGAGGCUUCACGGUUAGCCUGUAGCAGCUAGUUAGCAUCAGUGGAGAUCAUUUUUGAAUGUAAAUAAAAUAUAUUUGGUGUAUAAUAUCGGUUCGCUUCGAUCACAUUUGCUUUGAAUAAAAAGCAACACAAAGUAAUGGACUCAGACGAGGGAUAUAAUUAUGAAUUCGAUGACGAGGAGGAGGAAUGCAGCGAGGACAGCGUUGAGGAGGAAGCCGACGAUGACGCACUGGACCUGGGUGAGGUGGAGCUGGUCGAGCCCGUGGAAGCCGGCGGAGAGCGGGACGGAUGUGGGGAAACCGGGGGCAGCGGCGGAGGUAGCGGGGGCCUCGGGGCCGGCCGGGAUGAGGAGGAUUACCGAUACGAAGUUUUAACAGCUGAGCAGAUUCUCCAGCACAUGGUGGAGUGUAUACGGGAGGUGAAUGAAGUCAUUCAGAAUCCAGCCACUAUAACCAGAAUACUGCUCAGCCACUUCAACUGGGACAAAGAGAAGCUCAUGGAGAGGUACUUUGACGGGAACCUGGAUAGAUUGUUCUCGGAGUGCCACGUUAUCAACCCCAGUAAAAAGCCCAGGAUGAGACCCAUGAGCACACGUUCCUCCCAUCAGGACAUGCACUGCCAGAUCUGCUACCUGAACUACCCCAACUCGUUCUUCACGGGUCUGGAGUGCGGCCACAAGUUCUGCAUGCAGUGCUGGGGCGAUUACCUGACCACUAAAAUUAUAGAGGAGGGCAUGGGGCAGACCAUCUCAUGUCCUGCUCACAACUGUGAUAUUCUGGUCGAUGACAACACUGUAAUGCGACUGAUCACCGAUUCAAAAGUAAAGCUGAAGUACCAACAUCUAAUCACAAAUAGCUUUGUAGAGUGUAAUAGACUGUUAAAAUGGUGUCCGGCUCCCGACUGCCACCACGUGGUCAAGGUUCAAUAUCCAGACGCCAAGCCGGUGCGCUGCAAAUGUGGUAAACAGUUCUGCUUUAAUUGUGGAGAAAAUUGGCACGAUCCAGUCAAGUGUAAGUGGCUGAGAAAGUGGAUCAAGAAAUGCGACGACGACAGCGAAACGUCCAACUGGAUCGCGGCUAAUACCAAGGAGUGUCCCAAAUGCCACGUGACCAUCGAGAAGGACGGCGGCUGCAACCACAUGGUCUGUCGUAACCAGAACUGUAAGGCCGAGUUCUGCUGGGUGUGCCUGGGCCCCUGGGAGCCUCACGGCUCAGCCUGGUACAACUGCAACCGCUACAACGAAGACGACGCCAAGGCAGCCAGAGACUCUCAGGAGGGGGUGCAGCGUUCCCGCGCGGCCCUGCAGCGCUACCUGUUCUACUGCAACCGCUACAUGAACCACAUGCAGAGCCUGCGCUUCGAGCACAAGCUGUACGCCCAGGUGAAGCAGAAGAUGGAGGAGAUGCAGCAGCACAACAUGUCGUGGAUCGAGGUGCAGUUCCUGAAGAAGGCCGUGGACGUGCUGUGCCAGUGCCGCUCCACGCUCAUGUUCACCUACGUCUUCGCCUUCUACCUCAAGAAGAACAACCAGUCCAUCAUCUUCGAGAACAAUCAAGCCGAUCUGGAGAACGCCACCGAGGUGCUGUCCGGCUACCUGGAGAGGGACAUUUCCCAGGAUUCCUUACAAGACAUCAAACAGAAGGUCCAGGAUAAAUACAGAUACUGCGAGAGUCGACGGCGAGUGCUGCUGCAGCACGUGCACGAGGGCUACGAGAAGGACUUAUGGGAAUAUUUAGAGGACUGAGGACGAUUCCUCCCAUCACAAACUCUCAGCCAGGACGAACUUCCUGUCCGGUUCACAGAGCUCUCAGCCUCGCGCUUCCUCUCCUCCGCCUCUCCGCCUCGCCUCCUCUCUCCUGCCUGCUUACUCUUCUUUUGCUUGUUUUUAUUGAGAAUUUAAAUUAAUUUUAUUCUAAUAAAAAGGUAGCCUAUUAAAUACAAACCCCACAGUCAGUAUUGGAGUCGGUCUGCGGCGAGGAAAGGCGCUUUCGCCCCCCGCCCAGCCCCACCCGUUUCCCCAGCGCUGGUGUUUGUACAGACUUUCCUCCGGCGUCUCGGCCUCGGUCGUCCCGUCGUUCGUCUCGCCGUGCGCCGGUCGUGUCCGAGUAAGGGCGGUGAAACGGAGUCGUGCAUUUCAACCUGUAAAUAAGGUACACGUACACGGGGCGCGCUUUUUUUUUCCAGAUAUUUAUUCUUUGCAGAUUUUCCUGGUCUGGUUUAACGCCGGCGUGUGUGGCGGCGCUGCUUCGGCUUCAUAUGUGUAUGCUUUGUUUUGUUAAGGUUUGGAUGCUACAGGAUAUAAACUGGACAGCGGCGUAGACGUAGCUUUUAUUUUAUUGUAUUUUAUUUUAACAAACCGUCCAGUGGUGGAUCGAGUAGCUGAAAGCACUCCAGACGCCGUCCGCACCAACGGGUCUUCACUCCGGCGACGUAACCGAAUGAAAUUGUGUCCGGGCUCGGCUCAGGCCGGUUUUAGCCAAUUAAAACGGACCAAUAUGCCCCCAGUGACACUGACCCGCCCCACCCCAAAUUUGGGUAUAUCUAAUGCACUCUGACGCCCUGUGGGACUGGAACUCUGGUGUGGUUUUGGUCUUUGAGGAAUUUUACAAAUAUACCUCCCAAAACCGGGUGUAAACUCCCCCAGCUGUUUUGCAGGGAGCGGUUGCCAGGUCCCUUAUAUUCCCUCAAAUUUGAGACACUUCAUGACGACGCUUGGCGCUUCAGUGUCGCAGCGGUCCGUUACUCCAGCCCACCACUGCUGAGCCAUCAACCGGCUAUGUCUAGCCAUGGAUCGGCGCCCCCUACAGGGUGUUCCCACAACCCCAGAGACCGUGCCCUCAUUCAACCCCUGGGUAUCGGUGCUGCUAACCUCAGCUUUUAUGCAGGAGCUUUUAUUAUUAUUAUUAUUGAUCAGGUCUGCAUCGUAGGGUGGAUUGUGUUGUGCGUCGGCGGUUUUGUAAUGAUGCCGUACCACACAGGACGCAGCCAAGUCAAGAACACUAGCGGUCACAUGAACACUUCAAAAUAAAAGUCCUCAUCUCAUCCUGUGCCACUUCAUGAUCGUCUGUCCACGUUACAGAAUAAAGGAGAACGUCGCUUCAUAUUGGUUGAUUAUUUUGCCCCGAUAAUUCCAUCGAGUCAUUGCCGCUUCCCACUCAGGGUGAGGGUUAAAGCCUCAGGAUUUAGUUUGCAAGUCUGCAUUUGAAAAGUUCUGGACACCCCUGAAUGCACAAGAUUGCACCUUGUAAAAAAUAAAAAGAUAAAAUACACUGACCAAAAGUAUAUGGACACCCUUCCUUACAUAAGUUGAUUCGUUUUAGACACGCCUACUGCUAACAGGCUUGUACAACUAUAUAAGUGAUAUGCUUUCAUAUCAUUUUUUGACAGUUUGGGGAUGACCCUUUCCUGUUAGAAUAAAUUUGCCCCCGUGCACAUACAUGCCUGUAAAGACACGGGACUCCAGUGGUCAGCGCAGAGCCCUGAUCUCUGCACAUUUGGGAUGAAAUGGAAUGCUGGUUGCAAGCCGUUUUCUUCCAAUAUUAGUGCCUGACCGUACAAAUAUCCUGUUAAAUGGGCACAAAUUCCCACAGACACUUUAAAAAAAAAAAAACUUCCGAUGGAAAUGGGAUUUCCAACAAACUUGUGGUCGUGUCCACAUACUUUUGGCCAUGUAGUGUGUAUUUAAUGAGCUUUAUAUCUGUAAUUCUGGGUGGCUGGUGAGUAGUGAUGAAAUAUUAUUGUGAAACCGAUGUGAUUAAACGUCCCCGAAGCAGCAAGUGUCCGGGUCGGCCUCGCUUUUUUAUUACUUUCCCUCUUACACUUGACAUGUAGUCACUCCUCCAAGGGCUCUGCAGUUCUCAAAGGCAAACAUGGACUUCUGUGCUAAACCUCUUUUCGUAUUCUGUCCGGUAACGACCUGAUUUUACCGUCGCACCUUUAACGGAUGAACGAAUACUGUAAGAUUUGAGACUGUAUUCAUGAAAUGCACUUGCUGGACUGAGAUGGGAGGGCAGCACAGGUUCUGGUGGGUCAGACGCCGCGCCUCUGAUUUCUGACCUCUGAUGACUGAUCUGGUUUGUUUGUAGUCGUAGUUUCACUCUGUUUGACACUUCCAGCUUUUCCCAAAUGUCCUGUACAUAAUUCUCAUAAAUCCGCCGAUGUUCGAACCCUGAGGGACUCCAGUUGGGCGGACGGACUGUGUCACCAAAGUGGAUGGGAGACGAUGUUCAUCAUCAUCAUCAUCAGUGGCUUUCAUGUGUUACAACCAUUCUUACAAAUAAAAAAGUCCUAUUUAAAUAAAAUAUCAUUUAAAACGUU